GCUAUCGCAAACCUGUAAUUUUCUGGUCGCAGCUGGUUAAGACUGAAAAAAAGAGUAUUUUGAAGAAGUCAGCUGUAGGACAGCCAUAAUUUUGAUGCUGGAACAUUAUUUUAUGUACGUGUACAUGUACCUUCUCUUUCUACACAGGUUCAACUCUUGUGGAAAUGGCAGGACCAUCAUUUAAAUUCGGACAGCAUGUUCUCCAAGCGUCGUGUGUUUUCUUCAAGUCCAGACUCAGUAUUGGGUUUGUCAACAGGAAGCCUGUUGUUCCAGGUCAUGUCCUGGUGUCCCCACUGAGAGUGGUGGAGAGGUUUGGAGAGCUGUCCUCAGAGGAGGUGGCUGAUCUUUUCCAGGCCACACAGACCAUCUCAGGGGUGGUGGAAAAACACUUUCAGAGCUCCUCACUCACCAUUGCCAUACAGGAUGGACCUGAGGCAGGGCAAACCGUAAAGCAUGUCCAUGUACACAUACUUCCCAGGAGAGUUGGUGACUUCCCACAAAACGAUGAUGUGUAUCAUGCGUUGGACAAACAUGACAAGCAAAUGACUGAUUCAGAUGAAAGAUGGAGAAGUGAAGAAGAAAUGGCAGAGGAGGCUUCUGUCUUGGCUAAAUACUUCAACUGCCAGGUGGACUCUAGUUAACCUUUACUCCUGUUUGUUCACGUUGUGUUUUAUCAGUAUUUCCUCAUGAUUAUAAUUGAAAUACCCCUGUGAGAUAUUUUCCAGGGGAUGUGUGUUCGUUCGUCUCAGUGUUCUUCGAAAGAUGUAAAUGAUAACAGAUACUUCUCACCAUGUAACACUAUGCUAAUGAAGGACAGUAACACAUUAAUGCAGGAACAUUUGUUGUGACUAAUACGUCAUCACUGUGGUUGUCAGUAAAUAUGAAUGACGUACACGUAUAAGAAAAUGUUCUGACAAUGGACCACCAGUGCGUGAAGGGUGGAUGACUGUGGCUGAAGUUUUGGAAGCCACAUGAGGCCACACACCCCGUGAAUGAGGACACCAGUUUAACAGUCAUCAUCUUCCACUGUUAAGGAGUACCGUAAUUAAAAGAAAACAUAUGAGAAGGAUGAACAAGGUUUUCAUGGUUUUACCUUGUUCACAUGGGGCUCAGUCAGGGCCUGUUGACAGCCUGUUGAGAUCUACAUGUCACCACAAUGUACUGAUGUUGCAGUAUAUACAUUAAAACUGUUGUGCUAUAAAUGUACAUUGUACACCAACAGGACAGAAAUUUGUGCAAUAAAUGUAUACCAACAAGUA